AACGAAUCUCCAUCGGACAGCCGCCAAUUUCUGUUAAUUCCCGUUAUUUCCCGCCACCCAAAUCUAAAAGGAAUUUGAUUUGUGUAAAUAUAAUGAUUUUGAGGUCUGGGGAUGGUUUAAGUUUGUGGCGGAGUUAACGGGAGCCAAGAAAAAGGAAAGGCCCCGGGGUUCAGGGAGUUUGAUUUCUGAACUGGGUUUCUCUCGGAAAUUAUGCUCCAGCUUUGUUUGAUGGCUUCUCAUGGGUACCCUCCUGGGCUUGUUUUUCCCCAAGAUCAGGGCACCGUCAGGACGAUCAAGGAGUUUGCACCUUGUCUACCUAUUCGGGAAGCAAGACAAGACCUAGUACAAUGUGGGGUCCGCAAUCUGAGGUUAAAUGAAUACCAGGAGCCCUGGAAACCAAUCACUGCGCUCUGUGGGGCUAACCAGCUUCAAAAGUUUGACUCAACAGUUGGGAAGCCCUUAGUUCUUGACAUGCAAGAUGCUUGCUCCAGCUCAGUACUCUUCAGCUUUGGGAUAGCUGAAAAUUGUGCGAGACAUGAAAAAAUUGUAAGGUUUCUUACAUCUGGAUCGCGUGAAUUGGAGAAAGGUGGAUUAGAUUUAUCUUCAUUGUCUAACUUGAUGGUGCUUCAACCAAACCUUCAACCGUUAUUGUUUGAUAUGCAUCAACAAGAACUUGCUUCAUCUCUAAUUUACCCUAAGCCUAGUAUCAGAGUUGAUGAUGACAAGCCUUUGCUGGACUUCAUUGGUGAUAUGGUUUGUAAUUCAAAAAUUACUGUUAACCCAGAUGGUCGAGUUCUAGUAACAGGCAGUGGGACAGAGAUGAAAGAUAUCCUUCCAAUAGUUGCUGAAUUUUGCUUGUCAAAAAACUCAAGCAAGUCUAGCAAGCAACCUAUGUUGGUCCCAUAUUUUGAUAGGCCUAAAAGCCGCAGAACACGGGCUGCCCUUAGCUUGUCUUCUCAAAAGUUGGAUGCUGUGACCAUCACACCGGCAAAGAGUCCCGAGAAAACUAAGGUCAAGCCAUUGCCAAAGAAGAAAAACUCACGGAAGGUAGGCAGAGAAAGGGAUCUCUACAAAAAGAACUUCUUCCAUGCAUGUGAGAGCCUACUUUCCUUAAUGAUGAACAAGAGACGGGAUGGAAAAAUGGCAAUUCUUUCUAUCCAGAAAUCUGGUAGGGAAAUUCCUGAGCUCCUGAACCAGUUCUCUGCUGGCAUUGCUGGGACAGGCUUAGCUGUUCUUUUUUCUGUCAUUUGUAAAGUAGCUUGUGGGAGUGUACCCUUCUGUUCGUCUAAACUCUUCAGCACAGGACUUGGCUUUGGACUGGUUUGGCUCUCUUGGGCAGUAAAUAGACUGAGGGACUCAGUUGUCUACAUCAGCAAAAAUGCAGGCAAGUUGGAUUUGAAGGAGGAUGAGAUGAUAAGCAGAGUGGAUGAAAGUGUUAAUCAGAUUUACUUCAGAGCUGCAACAUUGAUGGCAGCCGCAAUGCUGAGGCUUGCAUGGAGGUAGAUGAAGAUUGAAGUCUGGCAGAUGCUAAUAGUUUGGAUAACAUCUUGACCAGCUAGGAGCCUCGAUUGUAAAUGCAGUAGCAGGUGCUGAUCAGAGGAAGUCAAAGUUUGUUGAGUUUGGAGAUGAAUGUGAAGUGAGAAGGCAUAAAUCAGAGGAUAGAUGCAAGGGUUGACUUUGAGCACGAGAUAGAAGUAAUAGCUUGUUUAUAUAUGGUAGAGGUCAUAAAUUGUAAAAGGAGGCCGUCCUUGCUAAGAAAAUGAUACACACAAUGCAAAAUUUUCAUGUUGAAGUUUAACCGAUUCUUGGCUACUGUGUAUGCCGAUUUGUCACCAUACCAGACAUAUUUCAUGUUGUGCAGUGUUAACUCAGCAAUUUGCAUUGUCUGGGGAGAGAAUUUUACACCCUAGGAUGGGCAUGG